UGUUCGACCUGUGCGUGACGCGGUUGGCCGCGUAAUGUUCGCCGUCUGGUGGCUGGCGGUUUUGGUGCUGAUGAACUCGUUCCAGGGCACAAUGAAGGCCAGCAUGAGCGUCAAGACGCCAACCGAACGCCUGGAGACAUUCCACGAUGUUGCCGAAAGGCCGUACCUCAAACCGAUCAUCGUACGAGGAACUACAUUCGAGCACCAGUUCAAGGUCUCUCCAGAACCGGAUCUACAGAAGAUUCUGGCAACGGCCCGCCGUCGGGGGUCCAUCCUGCCCGCAUCGGUUGUGUUCACGCGCGCAACGUUCGACGAGAUGAUCGCUCAGCGCGCGGUCAUCUUCUUGGAGGACAACGCUAUGCAAAGCCUGGUCGCGGCCCUGUAUCCGCGGAAACCGGGACUCGGCAUCAUCUAUCCGGCCGUGCAGCACACCAUAUCGGCUCAGUUCUCCAUGUUCAUGCGCAAAACUUUGGAUCCGAAAACCGUGCAACUUCUUCACACCAGGUGCCGUUGGAUGCACGAGUCAGGACUGACGGAGAGGAAACGGCUGCAGCUGCUGCCUCGCUCCUGGUACCUCACGCGGCCUUCCUCGUCUCAAGUUCACUCUCUCUCGGCCGAGGAUACCGCGGCCCUGUUCUACAUGAUGUUACUGGGGCUAAGCGCGGCACUGUCUGCGCUCGCCGGCGAAUUGCUCCUUCACCACUUGAUCGAAGCGCAUAGAGCCAUUCGUGGUAUCCGGGCGGGACGCCUAGUUGGAGAGCGACCUCCUUUGUGCUAAAAUAGGCGGAAGAAAGAUCGCGUGCUUCUGUAUACUUCCGCAAAACCUGAUGACACCGGUUUGGUUCGUUGGGAACGUUCAUGAAAGACUGCUGUUGUUUAUACGAGAUUGUAAUUUGAAUGGCACGCGAAGCAUUGAAGCAGAUUCGGGAGUCGACGCCCAGCGGAGCAAA